GGCACGAUGGCGGAUAAAGCGCGUCUGAACCAUUUGUGGAAUCUGGCCGUGAAUUGCGCAAAGGAAAACCCACAGUUGUCUCAAUUCUACGUGAACGAGAUUCGCUCUACUGAAGAAAAUGGUGACGCUUCACUGGAUAAUUUCAAGUUGAAGUAUUGUAAGCAUUGCUACAUGGUAUUUAGCGCUGAUAAUUGUCGCGUGAGAUUGCACCCUAAGCGUGGAAAGAAAAAGAGACUUGACGACAAAAAAUGUCGCUCUAAUAUGGAAAUACUUAAACUUCACCGAAGACUAAACCAUGUCGGGGUAUUUUGCAAGACGUGUGAAAAGCAUUCAUUUUAUCCUGGACGCGCAGGAGACGACAAAAAAUCCACACUUGAAAAGAAUAUUUCGUUCUCUGUCCCGCAGAAUUUGCACAACAAUAGCACAAAUGAACAGAGCACUCCUGUUUCAUCAAAAUCAGCGAGUUCCCGGAGAAGAAGUCACAAUUCUACGCUAAAAGAUCUUCUACGAGCAGAUGAUCGAAAAAAAUCAGCCACUGGUGUAACUCCUCAACUAAAGGAUUUCUUGUCAAGUUUAGGACAUUCCAUUUCCCUUACAUGAAGCAAAAUGUAACCGCUAGAAAACAGAUCUGAACUUGCUUAUGGAAGAUAUAAUUUCGCUUGAUGAAUUUGACUAAAAUUUGCCAAAAUCAUAAAAUCCUUGAACAGUCACUCAGUUUAACAAAAUUUUUGUCAAAUAUUCCAUUUUCAUUACUGCCUCAUUUUUGGACAUAACUGAACUAUUUAACAUAAAUGUUUAUCUUAUUUAAAUGAAUCUAGAUGGAUAAUGGAGAGGUCCUCAUGGGAUACAGGCAGGUUACAUAGUAGUGUCUCCUAGACUGAGCAAUUUGUUCAGCAUGUAAGUCAUAAGACUUGAAUAGAACCAAUGGUUAUUAAC